AUAGCUGGUUUAUUCACACUAUGUUCUAGCUUCAUAUUUACAUCAACAGUAUUAAAAAUUCUUCGUAUCAACGUAGCGGACUUCAAAGAUGCCUUAUUCUUUUUCUUACUCCUAAUUGAUUUAUCGAAAGCAGCUAUGUUAGCUCAAUUCGCAUUAAAUGCGUCUGAUCAAAACGAGGUCAAAAAUAACAUCGCGAAAGGAAUGGCGCUUUUGGGACCCACCAUUACUUUGGAUACGAUUGUUGAAACGUUAGUCAUCGGGGUAGGCACUCUAUCCGGUGUCUAUCGUUUAGAGAUGUUGUCGUACUUCGCCUGUUUGUCAGUUUUAGUCAACUACAUGGUUUUUAUGACAUUUUAUCCAGCGUGCCUAUCUUUAACUUUAGAGCUCUCUCGUUGCACGGGGAUGUACACUAACAAGAACAGUUUGAUCAAAGCAUUCCGAGAAGAAGACCACAAAUCAAAUCCUGUAGUACAGCGAGUGAAACUAAUAAUGUCCGCAGGGCUAAUGUUAGUACAUGCACACAGUCGUUGGCCAUUCAAAGAAGAGGACACUGAUGAUAUUGGCUCAUUGGUUGUUGAACAGCAUAUCACUCUCAACCGUACGGAAGAAAACGCUUUACAUGGAUAUAUUAUGAAAUGGAUUACCUUAAGUGCUGAUCACAUAGUGAUUCUAAUCUUGUUACUGGCAUUGGUGGUAAAAUUUAUCUUCUUUGAUCAUAAGGAAGACUUCACAGAGAAAAUAAAAGCGUCCAUGUCAGAAAAUUUAGAAACAGACACUAACACUAGUGAGUUCCUCAAGCUGAAUCAACAGCUACAAAGCAAAUAUUUAUCUCAAACUCCUAUAUUCAGGACAUCCGACACAUUCUUUUUAGGUAGAAGUGAUAGUGAUGAAAAAUCGGAUUCAUCUAGUGAUGCAGAUGUUGAAGAUAAAUCUGUCCAGACAAUCUACUGUCAGACUGAAUCAGGUCAGCUACUAGAGGAUGACAUUAAUGAUAUUAAAUUAUGUAGAAGCCUAGAAGAUUGCUUAUCCAUAUACAAUGAUUCUGACUUGGGUGCGGGAACACUAACUGAUGCAGAAGUUAUACUCCUUGUAGAAAAUAAACAUAUUGCAGGAUAUCAAAUUGAAAAGGCUGUAGAUAAUCCUGAGAGAGGAGUAAGGAUUAGAAGGAAAAUUCUGGCUAAAGAUGCUAACCUUAAGAAUCCAUUAUUUGAUUUACCUUUCAAGAAUUAUGAUUACAGCAAGGUUAUGGGUGCCUGCUGUGAGAACGUUAUAGGUUACAUGCCAAUUCCUGUAGGGUAUGCAGGACCUUUACUGUUGGAUGGUCAAGAAUUAUAUGUUCCGAUGGCUACUACUGAAGGGUGUCUAGUGGCGAGUACCAACAGAGGAUGCAGAGCUUUAAAGCAAUGUGGAGUCACUUCAAGAAUCGUUGGAGAUGGAAUGACUAGAGGCCCUGUUGUCCGAUUUCCAUCACUAACUAAGGCCAGUGCUGCUAUGAAAUGGAUCGAGAAACCAGAAAACUUUGCCCUCAUGAAGGAACAAUUUGAUUCCAGCAGUAGAUUUGCUAGAUUGGUGAAGAUCUUGAUUAGAAUCGCAGGAAGAUAUCUUUUUAUACGAUUUGUAGCAAAAACAGGAGAUGCUAUGGGUAUGAACAUGCUUUCCAAAGGUACUGAAAUUUCUCUUAAAUAUGUGCAAAAUGAAUUUCCCGACAUGGAGAUUUUGAGUCUCAGUGGAAACUUUUGCACUGAUAAGAAACCUGCUGCUGUCAACUGGAUUGAAGGUAGAGGUAAAUCAGUUGUAUGUGAAGCGGUGGUUCCAGCUAAAAUAGUAACCACAGUAUUAAAAACAACAGUUAGUGGCUUAGUAGAUGUCAACUAUUCCAAAAAUAUGGUCGGCUCCGCUAUAGCAGGAAGUAUUGGAGGUUUUAAUGCCCACGCAGCUAAUAUUGUGACAGCUGUAUUUAUAGCAACAGGUCAAGACCCAGCACAAAACGUAAGUAGCAGCAACUGUAUGACCUUGAUGGAACCAUGGGGUUCAAAUGGGGAGGAUCUCUACAUAUCGUGCACGAUGCCUUCUAUUGAGAUAGGAACCGUUGGAGGAGGUACAGUCCUCCCACCUCAAGCAGCUUGUCUUGAAAUGUUGGGCGUAAAAGGAGCAAAUUCAGAAAGUCCUGGAGAAAAUGCCAACCAACUGGCGAGAAUAGUUUGCGGUCUAGUACUGGCUGGAGAACUUUCCCUGAUGGCAGCCUUGGCUGCUGGUCAUCUCGUCAGAAGUCAUCUAAGACACAACAGAUCAACUACACUACUACCUGAAAAUUCAACCUUCCAGUCUACGCAUGUGAAAAGUAAAGAUUUUCUACUACCUCCAUGCAAAGAUUCCUUUUAA